AUGACCCAACCUACUAAAAACCAUGUCAACGCUGUUUAUUUUACCAACUGGGGCACAUAUGGAAGAUACUUCCAGCCUCAAGAUCUUCCAGCUUCCCAGAUCACACAAGUACUAUUUGCCUUCUUGAAUGUCAAGCCCGAUGGGACGGUGUAUUUAGGAGACAGUUAUGCGGACUUGGAGAAGCAUUAUGAGGGAGAUCGUUGGGAUGACCAGGGAGACAACGCAUAUGGAUGCUUGAAGCAACUCUUCCUGUUGAAAAAAAGCCCAUCGGCAUCUCAAGUUGGCGGAUGGACUUGGUCGACCAACUUUCCAUCUACGGCCAGCACCAGUGAAAACCGCAUUAGAUUCUCCAAGUCUGUUGUCGCUCUGAUGAAAUACUGGGGAUUCGACGGAAUCGAUAUCGACUGGGAGUACCCCAACGAUGAAAAUGAAGCCACCAACUUUGAACUACUACUACAGGCUGUUCGAGAUGAACUUGACUUGUAUGCCAGCCAAAACGCACCCGGCUAUCGUUUCCUGCUUUCCAUUGCCGCGCCCGCUGGUCUCGACAAGUACAACAAGCUUCACCUUGCCAAUAUUAGCAGAUUUGCUGAUCAUAUUAACCUUAUGGCUUACGACUACUCAGGAAGUUGGGACAGCACCAGUGGCCACAAUGCGAACUUGUUUCCUUACCAGGCCAGUGCGAACCAGUACAACUCGGACGAAGCCACCAAUGACUACAUCAAUGCUGGUGUUCCGACAGAAAAAAUCGUGCUUGGUAUGCCUAUCUAUGGGUGCUCGUUUGAAGGGAACCUAGGCAUUGGCAAAUCCUUCAGUGACGUUGGGCAGGGCUCUUGGGAGAGGGGCGUUUGGGACUACAAGGCGCUACUCAAGCCCAGUGCAGAGAUCGAAUAUGACAAAAAGGCUCAAGCUUACUAUAGAUACGAUCCUAUCACUCACGAAUUGAUCUCCUACGAUACGCCAGAAGCGGUUGAGAACAAGGUGGACUAUAUUCUAAAACAUGGCCUUGGGAGGAGCAUGUUUUGGGAGGCCUCAGGGGAUACGAAGAGUAACGAGUCGCUUAUCAGUACAAGCUACAACUUUCUGGGGGCCUUAGAUACAUCAGAGAACUGGCUGAACUUUCCAGAUUCAAGAUAUGCAAACAUUGCUUUGGGAAUGCCUAAUCAGCGGGCACAAGUCUGA